AUGUCGUCCACGAUGCCACGGGAGCGCGAGGUCCUGGCCGAAGAGGUGUGGGCUGAGCUCCUGCGCAUCGGUUGGGCGCUGCCGCGCCAUCUACCUUCUAGCACUACUUUGCGGGUAGGCAGCAUUUGCUCGGGUUGGUGUUCCGAGAUCUGGGCACUUCGGAGUCUUGCAAGGGCCCACACACUGACUUUUGGCUGCGACUCCAACAAUGCUUGCGCCCGGCUGUGCCAUGACAACUUUCAGCAUGAACAAUGGUUCAUGGACUGCACCUCGGAUGAGUUCCUGCUGAAGAGCCCGCCGGUAGACCUGCUGGUGUCAGGGUUCCCUUGCCAGCCCUACUCCAUAGAAGGCAGCUCGCAGGGCAUCAACUCCGUCGACGGGUUGGUCCUCCUCUACGUUCUCCACUACAUCCGAACUCGCCUCCCGCGUUCAGUCCUGCUAGAAAAUGUCAUGGGUCUAGAGAGAGAUCAUCCCGAGACCCUUGUCUUCAUCGUGGAAGCACUGAAAGCAAUCCAGAAGGGAGGGCGCCCCUAUUACCAUGUGUCGUGGCAGGUACUGAAUGCACGCACGCACGGAGGACUCCCGCAGAACAGGCCGCGCCUCUUCAUCGCAGCUACGCAUGGCUCCGCCAUGCAGUGGCCUGGGGAGGUGCCGAUGCGGCCUAUCACGGACUUCAUACCAGGUGAUCCUACAAGACGUGGCACGGACUAUCCAGGACCGCUGCCACGAACAAUGACAACUCGCCGGAACCUGAUCAAAUUGUUGACGCGAUUGGAGAAGGAGGGAAAGGAUCCACUGGGUGCGCACUACAUUUGCGAUCUAGCAUCCAUGACACCUCGUGCCGUGCUGGGAUGGUCCCCAUGCCUGACAAGAGCAAGAUGUACCACAGGCGGACAUUGGCUCGCAUGGAGACAGCGCUGGAUGCAUCUGAGAGAAAUAUGUCUCCUGCAGGGUCUAGACAGUGAACUUCUUCGCACGGACAGAGUCUCUCAGCGCGAGCUUGCGAUGAUGGCGGGGAACGCCAUCCCGAUUCCCUUGCUUGCACGUGUGUUGCAAGGUGUGCUAGCUGCGUCCUAUUAA